CAUCGCACCGUCGCUCUGUUGGGCUGGCAGCAGACAGCAGCUCUUUGCGCUCACAGACCUCGGUCGUCAGCCUCCUCGGACCAUUUGGCAAUAUCGGCCUCUCGGGCGGCCGCCUGUGCAUAUUGCCAUCCGCAGUCUUUCGAAGAGCACAACAACCGCAAUCGCACCCACAAUCGCAAUCAAAAUUGCAGCCAUCACUGUACCGCUGCAUCUGCAUCUCCAUCUCCAUCUGCAUCCCAGUCUAUCCACGCCCACUCGACGACACCCGUUGCCCGGCUUGCGCUAUGCGAGUGGGUCUGCUCGCAUCUCUCUGCCCUCGGCUCGUCCAACAGUCAUCCCGCCAUUCCCUCAUCCAAGCACGCUCAGUGUCUCAUCAAACAGCCGCACGAUGGCCCGGCUUUCGUCUGCGAUCCAUCCCAGAGUGGCGGCGGCGACUGAUUCUCCUCUGGAGAAUGUCCGUGCCGUCGCUCACACGCUCAAGGCUUACCAUUCGGCUUAGAUCUUCGCCGUGGCCCAAGACGGCCUUGAAUCUGUGUCGGCUCGCCGCAAACAUGACUUCGGUUGCUGCUGUCUGCGGCUCUCGCACUCUCUUCUUCUCCUUUCGAAGCCCGUGGCUAGGACCGAUGCGUUUCCGGCGACAGCAGCCGGCACUCCGCUCAUGCUUGGCCCCUUGGCUGUCCGAAUUCAGCAUCGUGGUGCUCGACACACCGGCCUCGGGACUCUUUCGAUGGAUCUCGUUCGGGAUGCAGUCGCUUUACCGCCUCGUGCGCAUCUCCGUGCGUGUCGUCGUGCUGGCGUUGAUCUUUCUCCCGGUGGCAGCCUCCUUCCCACUCUGGCUGGUUGUCGACUACCACGAUAUCGUCAACGGACGGGAGCCUCGUCGUGUCUGGUGGCCAUGGAUGCUGCUCUAUGCUUUUGAGCUCGCCGGACCGACGUUUAUCAAGUUGGGUCAAUGGGCAAGCUCGCGCAAGGACAUGUUCCCACCAUACCUCUGCGAUAUCCUCUCGAAGCUGCAAGCCAAUGUUAAACCUCAUUCAAUUCAGGCCACCCGUGUCAUGAUCCAGCGCGAGUUUGGCCGUCCAAUCGAAGAUAUGUUUGAACUAUUCCAAGAAAAGGAAAUCGGAGUCGGCGCAAUUGCGCAAGUGUAUCGGGCUCGACUCAAGAGCAACGACGGAUUGUCUGGCGAGGAGUGUGCCGUGAAGGUUCUUCACCCCGGCGUGGAGGAGCUGCUCGAGGACGAUCUCGCCAUCAUGGCCACCUGCGCAUCGCUCUUAAGCCUGAUUCCCGGUGUGCAGUGGCUCAGCCUGCCGGACGAAGUUGCAGUGUUUGGUGAAAUGAUGAAGCUGCAAAUUGACCUUCGAAACGAGGCCCACAACCUCCGCCAAUUCAUCGCCAACUUCAGCGACCGCCCGAAUGUGCUCUUUCCUGAGCCGAUCCUUGGGCUGGACCGCAAGACCGUCCUGGUCGAGACCUUUGUGCAUGCCAUCCCAAUCCAAUCCUUUCUCGAAAAGGGCCACAGCCAAGUGACGUCCGUCUUGGGCGAGUACGGACUCGAUGCGUUUUUGCACAUGCUUGUGCUCGACAACCACGUUCAUGCGGACCUCCAUCCAGGUAAUAUCUACGUUACCUUCCGACGGCCCUCGGACAACCAAUCCACCCUCAAGACGCUCUUCCUCCGAUACUUUUAUCCAAACUACUCUCGUAGCCACGAGCUGGUGUCGGAGGAGUUUCUCCAGAGCCUGAAGGAAGUCUCGACGGAGGAGUGGGCAUCCCAUGUCGAACAGCUCUAUGCCCAGGGAUUCGAGCCACAGAUGGUGUUCUUCGACGCAGGGCUUACCUCCACGCUCUCGGCCGCCAACCUGGUCAACUUUCUUGAGCUGUUCCGAGCAAUCGCCGAGUUCAACGGGCAGCGGGUGGGCGAACUCAUGAUCGAAAAGUCCAAGACGCCGUGGACAGCGAUCGACGCCGAAGGAUUUGUGCACAAGACCGAGUCAUUUAUCCGCGACAUCCAGCUGUCCACUUUGAAGCUGUCCAAGCUCCAGCUGGGCUUUAUCCUAGGCACGGUGCUUUCUCUGGUGCGCGAGCACCACGUCAAGCUCGAGGGCGACUUUGUCAACGUCGGUGUUGCCGUGAUGCUUCUGGAGGGCGUUGGUCGCCAGAUGAAUCCCGAGAUCGACCUGCUCGAGCGGGCUCUGCCGAUCCUGAACCGCGCAAUCCUGACGGGAAAGAGCUUUGGCAUCAAGGUGGUGGACGAAGACCCCUCGACCCUCAAGAUCAUGGGGGUUGUUGGUGUGAUGGUGUAUCUGGAGCUGCUGGUGUACACUCUGGUCCACGGAUCGCUGCGCGAGCUCAGGCAGGUCAACGAGUCGCUGCUCGAGGGAGGGCUGCUGUAUGUUCCUGAAUAGAGACCGCUUCGGGUGCAACGAGGUGGAGAUAGAAUCG